CUGCGGUGCGCAGAAGCGACAUUUGCAGUCGGCUCCUCCUCAUCUCCAACUCCACUCCACUUUCUGAAUGUUUGCCUCCAAGGUUAACGUCCGCCGAUCAAUGAGCUCCUUGACGAAGAAGACCAUCAACCCUCGCAUCGUCGAGGCUGAGUAUGCCGUCCGUGGCCCUUUGGUGCUCAAGUCCAUCGAGCUCCAGAAGCGCUUGAGCGCCGGCGAGAAGCUCCCGUUCGACAAGAUCAUCUCGUGCAACAUUGGCAACCCGCAAUCCCUGGGUCAAAAGCCGAUCCAAUUCCACCGCGAAGUGUUGGCGUUGGUCAACAUGCCUGGCUUGGUGGACCAUCCGUCGGCGCCGUCGAUCUUCAAGCCGGACGCCAUCUCGCGUGCCAAGCGAUACCUUAAGCGCAUUCCCGGCGGCACGGGCGCGUACGGCCACUCCAAGGGCUCCGACGUCGUCCGUGAAGAAGUGGCCCAGUUCUUGCUCGAGCGAGAUGGCUACGAAGCCGACCCUGAUACCAUCUUCUUGACGGACGGGGCGUCGCAAGCGGUGCAAUCGAUCUUGUUGGCGUGCAUCCGCGACGAAAACGACUCGAUCCUCGUGCCCAUUCCCCAGUACCCGCUGUACUCUGCUGCGAUCGCUAUCAACGGCGGCACCUUGAGCGGGUACUACCUGGACGAGUCCACGGGGUGGAGCAUGAGCAUCCCCGAGCUCAAGCGCACGAUCGCCGACGCGCGCGCCAAGGGCAAGUCCCCCCGCGCGCUCGUCGUGAUCAACCCCGGCAACCCCACCGGCCAAAUCCUGAGCGAAGACAACAUGCGCGACAUCAUCACGUUCUGUAAGGACGAGAAGCUCGUGCUCAUGGCGGACGAAGUGUACCAAGAAAACGUGUACGUGACCGAUAAGACGUUUGUCUCGUUCAAAAAGGUGCUGCGCGACAUGGAGAGCAAUGUGGAGCUCGCAAGCUUCCAUUCGACGUCCAAGGGGUUCACGGGCGAGUGCGGCCGCCGCGGCGGGUACAUGGAACUUGUCAACUUUGACGACGACGUCAUGGAGGAGCUGUACAAACUCGUGUCCAUCAACCUGUGCUCGAACAUUGAAGGCCAGCUCAUGGUGGCGCUUAUGACCAACCCCCCCAAGGCUGGCGAGCCCUCGUACGACCUGUACGUGGCCCAACGCGACGAGAUCGUGUCCUCGUUGAAGCGCCGCGCGGUCAAGUUGGUCGCGUCCUUCAACGAGCUCGAAGGCGUGACCUGCAAUGUGACGGAAGGCGCCAUGUACACGUUCCCGCGCAUCACGGUCCCCGCCAAGGCCGUUGCCGAGGCCAACAAGGCCGGCCAAGCACCCGAUGCGUUCUACGCGUUCGCCCUCUUGAACGCCACGGGCAUCGUGGUUGUCCCGGGCUCGGGCUUUGGCCAGCAAGAUGGCACGUUCCACUUCCGAUCGACGAUCUUGCCGCCCGAAGAAGCCAUCGAUGAAGUCAUCGAGAAGACUGCCAAGUUCCACGCCGACUUUAUGAACAAGUACCGAUAGAGAUGUAGAAACAUGUAAUGGAGAUGCCAAACCAAAUGUCAAAAACAGUGGAGUGGAGGGGGCGGUUGCUAACUAAAGCGACUCCCCACGACAUUCCCGC